UCUCCUCAAUUAACAGAUUCUAUUUCAGUGUAAUUUUCUCCCGAUUAAAAAGAGCUCUCUCUCUCUCUCUCUCGAUCGAUUUUGGGAUCCCUAGCCUCCAGCAGUCUUUGCAGAAGAACAAUUCAUAUUCAUUCGUCUCUAGAGUUUUUUAAGUGAGAAGGAAUGUUUACAAAUAAGGAAAGACAAGAAGAACGUACAGGAAAACAUGGAACACCAAGGCUUCAAUUUCUACAGGAGCUUGUGAGUCAGUUUCAGAAUGCAACUGAUCAAGAUACAAAGGAGAAAAUUGUAGCAAACUUGGGGAAUUUCGCAUAUGACCCUUACAACUUCACUAUUUUACGUCAGCUAAAUGUCUUGGAACUAUUCAUAGACUGUCUAACAGAGCCAAAUGAAAAGCUUGUGGAAUUUGGAAUAGGAGGAUUAUGCAACGCUUGUGCCGACCCAAAAAAUGUUGCUACAAUUGUCGAGGCUGAUGGAAUUCCUCUUAUAAUAAAAUGUUUAUCAAGUCCUGUACGGAACACUGUGAAUUACGCCCUUGGGGCGUUGUAUUACAUGUGUGACUAUAACAGAGCAACAAGAGAGCAGAUCUUGAGACCAGAAGUGGUGGAUCUCAUAGAGAGGUACGCAGCGGCUGAUUCAGUCAGUGUAAGCUUUAGUAACUUGGCUAAGGCGUUUCUUGACAAGCAUGUUCAUGCAUACACAUGAGAUUCUUGAAUAUUAUCUUGUCUAUUUUUGGUUGGAAUUAGCUUGUAUAGCAAUGGGCCAAAACACAAACGCUACAAUGGAUGUGUUGAUUUUUGAUGUUUUGUGAUAAUAUAGAUGAGUAAUAUAAAGGCUAGAUGAGUAGUUGGAUC